UUUUUCCCUCCCGCCCCUGCCAAUUGGAGUUAUCGGGGAGAAGCUGGACGAGGCACUAGGACCUAGAAGCCGUCUCCCCACCCUGGCAGGAAUUUCUUGCUUGGAGCUCAGACAACAAAGGCAAAGGGGAGAUUACAUUUCUUUCUCUCAGCAUCUCCACCCAACCAGCAGAAACCGGUCUCUGAGGUCCACCAAAAUAUGGAACUUGAUUUUGGACACUUUGACGAACGAGAUAAGACAUCCAGAAACAUGCGAGGAUCCCGUCUGAAUGGGCUGCCCAGCCCCACACACAGUGCCCACUGUAGCUUCUACCGGACCAGGACCUUGCAGGCGCUGAGCAACGAGAAGAAAGCCAAGAAAGUGCGUUUCUACCGCAACGGCGACCGCUACUUCAAGGGGAUUGUGUACGCCGUGUCCUCCGACCGUUUCCGCAGCUUCGAUGCCUUGCUGGCCGACCUGACCCGGUCUCUGUCCGACAACAUCAAUCUGCCUCAGGGAGUGCGUUACAUCUACACCAUCGACGGAGCCAGGAAGAUUGGGAGCAUGGAUGAGUUGGAGGAAGGAGAGAGCUACGUCUGUUCCUCCGACAACUUCUUUAAGAAGGUAGAAUACACCAAGAAUGUCAACCCCAACUGGUCCGUUAAUGUGAAGACCUCAGCCAAUCUGAAGGCACCUCAGUCCCUGGCCAGCAGCAAUAGCGCCCAGGCUAGAGAGAACAAGGACUUUGUCCGUCCCAAGCUGGUGACCAUCAUCCGCAGCGGGGUGAAGCCGCGCAAGGCAGUACGUGUCCUCUUGAACAAGAAGACCGCCCACUCGUUUGAGCAGGUCCUGACUGACAUCACCGAAGCCAUCAAACUGGAGACAGGAGUCGUCAAAAAACUCUACACCCUGGACGGGAAACAGGUGACCUGUCUCCACGAUUUCUUCGGUGAUGACGAUGUCUUCAUCGCCUGUGGGCCGGAGAAAUUCCGCUACGCCCAGGAUGAUUUUUCCUUGGAUGAAAAUGAGUGUCGAGUCAUGAAGGGGAACCCACCGACCACCCCGGGCACCAAGUCAUCCCCGACACCCCAGAAGAGCUCGGCCAAGAGCCCUGGUCCCCUGCGCCGCAGCAAGUCCCCCGCCGAUUCAGGUAACGACCAAGACGCAAACGGAACGUCGAGCAGCCAGCUCUCUACCCCCAAAUCCAAGCAGUCUCCGAUCUCCACCCCCACCAGCCCGGGCAGCCUCCGUAAGCACAAGGACCUGUACCUGCCCCUCUCCCUGGAUGACUCGGAUUCCCUCGGCGAUUCCAUGUGAAGAAACCUACCAUCCAGUACUCAGCGAACCAGCCACACUUACCGUACAGUAUGGAACAUCUGCUCAAACGCAGCAGAUAGGGGCUAUUGGUGCUUUUCAAGUUUAAAAAAACAACAAAAAGGACACAGUUCUUCUAUGUUGGGGUUUUUUUUUGGGGGGGUGGUUCUUUUCCUGUCAUUUUUCCUCUGUGCCACAGAUCAACCCUUCUUGACUAAUAGGGAUAGAUGGAUACCAUCCUUUGGGGAACUUUCUAGGGAAACCAAGCGAGUUGGCUGAUAACCUCCCUGGGAAUACCGGGGUCUGGUGACUUUUUCCCCCUUUCUCCUUCUUCUUCUUCUUCUUCCCUUGCUCAGUAUUUCAGGCUGCCUUCUGGCAAGGGCUGCUGAAACAAACCCCGAUCUCAGACGGGGGGAGGGGGAGAAAAAUCACAGACAGUCGGAAACGAGAACAGCUGGCUCCUCUGCCCUGCGGAAAUGCUGGCGUAGCAGCGCUGUCUCAAAUUUUGCAUCCAACCCCGAUUUAGCACCAGCACACUGUCUCACACCCUUCCAUGUGGCCCCGGGGGUAAAAAGGGAAGAUAUCCACCUGCCCUUUGGUAAUGGAUGCUUCCCCACCCGGGGCAGAGCCGAGCAAGGGGCCAGGGUAGGAAACACGGCCUUAGAUGGUCCUGACAGCUAAGGCAGCAAGACGGGGCCUCUCAGCCUCUCCAGUGGGACCUUUUGAACCCGUAAGCCACCUGUGUGAGGACGGGGAGGUAUUAAGUAUUUCGCAUCCCAGAAUCCCGUAGGUUGCCAGCUGGUACCAACUCAAUGAGAACCUGCUGAAUGGUAUCUGUCUAUCUCUGCUUCUCCUAUCUAAUGCCUUGUAAACAGCCAACACUGAAAACACUGUGAGAAUCUGUUUUCAGGUCUGACACCUUUUGGUCGCUUUUUAUAGCAAGAAACCAAUACGCUUUUUAUAAGACUUUUAUCUGUGUUUUGGGGAGUAAGCUACUCGGUCUCCUUUUUUAUAAACUGGUGAUUUUUCUUUUGUUUAAAAAACACACGCAGAAAAUUUACCAAAAAAAAAAAUGAAAAAAAAGGAAGAAACCACAGACGACUAGGUUAGCUUAGGAACCGUGCUGUCACUGCCAAAUGGAAGCCUGCAGGAAAAACCGUAGUAGAUCUUUUGAUAGGUUUUGUAAUGAUGAAGUUGGCGUUAGCGAUUCCAGUUUUGCCCGGACGCACUCACCUUUCUCCCAGUGGAACUCUGUGGUGUAUCGUUAGCGACGCUUCCAGCGAAGAAACUCAACUUUGGUACAGGCGAUAGAGAAGCCUCUUACUUGUAGUGACAGAUUCCUCGAGGAGGUAAAAAGUAACCCAUUCGCACGAUGUUAAGAGCCCAGGGUGGGCCUUGGAUUUCAGAGCGCAGAGCGCUAGCAACAUCUCUGGACUUGCACCGGCACCAUCGGGAAAUGGCACUUGCAUUUCAUGCAAGCCGAUUCUGCCGUGGUGUCGAUUGCAAUCGUUCAGCAGAUUGCAUGUUUUAGGAUGAAUCUGCAUGGCGUGACAUUGGAUGCUUAAGCCACUGUUUGGCUACUGAUGGACCCUAGACCGAACUAGUCCCAUUGGAUGCGUCUUUUGGCCUCCUGCAUGGGCGGCCUAGACCCAACCCGCGGGACAUCCUCAAUGUGUGCGCGCCCUUCAGGUCAGGAAAACCCCAGUCAGAAGUACAUGCCUCGCAUGUCUCUUUUUCUGGUUUAGACUUCUGACCGAAGGGGCCGCUGUCCCCCGUAACCCUCCCGGGGGACUUUCAGAGUGGGGAGCAGCGUGAGCCAAACCCCCGUGGAAGCAUACAUCUUUAGCUCCUGUUGAGUUGGAUCUUCAAAGCAUCAGUGCAUCUUUGGAGGGGCAGCUCUGAUUUCCUUCUGAAUUAGGACUCUGGAGGUCAUCCAGCUCUUGUCCCCGCUUUUAUCCCCUCUCUGGAGCUUGAGAGCAUAAAUUCCACAGGAGCAGAAAGGCGCUGGAGCCCAGGGUCAGGAUACCUUGUCCACCCGUGUCCUCCCAACCUCCCUCCAUGCUUCUAGGGCAAACGGUUCAGCUCCAAAUCUGGUCCUCCUUCCCCUCCAAUGGCCUAAGGAGUAGGAGGCCUCAAUCUGGGCCUCCUGCUCACUGCACGGUGCGGGACACUGUUGCCACUGGGCCGUGUGAUUCUCAGGCUCUUGUUCCCCUAAAGCAGGCUCCAGGCUCUGAAGUGAAAGCCAACCUGCCUGCCAUUUCAGUCUCUUAGAUAAAGGACACAAGUGUCCCAAUCCAGCUCCCUCUCACAUCCAGCCCCAAAGCCAUUUCCCAAAAGACAGCCCCCACACCCCACCCCCGGCCCCAGAAGGGCUGUUCUGAUCCCUGGAAACUUGGACAGGAAGCGGUUUUCGGAGGUGCGUCAAAGAACUACCUGGACCUUGGAAGGGUCACGCGGAGAGAACGUUACGUGGAACGGAGAAGGAGAAGAGCGCUUGUUCUUUCGGGAGCUGCUCCCUUUAAUGAAAAGAGAAAAACAGCCUUUCACACUCACCAGUGCUGAAACAGGGUAAGAGUUCUCUGCUCUGCCUCCUCUUGGAAUGGCUGUCCAGAUGGACCCAAGUUAUUCACCGGAAGGAUAAGGCGGAAGUGAUCCUGAUAUCCUAUCUUAUUAGGCGGAUGUCACGGCAGCAGCGGUCAGACGUACGUCGUUAUGUGGAAAGAGAUGUCGGCGCUCCUUGGGCUACCUGUGGUCCCCAAACUCCCAGUGGGCUGUUCAAAAGAAAAGGACCUGUCGUGAGGCAUGCUAUUCUUCCUCCUUAUGUGUUUUUCCAUCCCUUCGACUGAAGCCAAGGUCAGAUUCUUGGGGUCAUUCAUCCUCCAUCAGCGAACUGCCCAACUCCCCUCACUUAAUACCAUGUACCAUCACAACCAACUCUGCAGAGCUCACGAACAGACAGUGGGUGGCAGGAAGGGGGCAGGAAGAUAUCUUAGGGACUGGAUCUUCGGUGGCACUCUUGGCCUCACAGACCCGUGACAGGACGUAUGGUGGAUGCCAGAUGAAAGCAUUUGGGCCCCACUGGGUUUUCCGUGAUGCUCACGGCCGCUGUUGAUUUCAGGUCUCUCGGGUGGCAAGGGGCAGGUGCCCCCGCUGCCAUUAUGUUGAUGAGGAUCGGGGCCAUCUGGAGGUGGUUUUUAGGGUCCUUGGGGGCCAUCUCCCUUCCCAGCUGUAGAAACCUGUCAGAACUGACCAUCCGAUGGGCCCACCUGUCCACCUCACCAUAACCUGCUGCAUAGUUGGCAAAGAUAAUCCCGCAGCAGAUAUCUUCCUCAGCUCUUGCCACCACCAGAUGACCUCCAGCCACCGGGCAUCCCCCGUCUUGUUUCCCUGCCACCGCCUCAAAAAUGGAAAGAGGGACUGAGGAGAAGGCGGAGGGAUGGGAUCUGUGCAAAAAAAGGAUGAAGAGUGAUUUAAUUUUGCCUCAGGAGACAGAGCCAUCAGUGAGAGGUGCUAGCCACCCCUCCCUCCCCACCCCUGCCAUCACCUUUUCAGAGGCACAUUUCCUUGAUGCCUGUGGCUUCUGGGACAAAUGGAAGCCUAAUGGGGGUUCUGCCACGGGUGAGGUGCUUGCUUGGCCAGAGAGGAGAUGGUCGGGGGAUGACCUUAGCGGAGAAAGGAUGGUCCUCCCUUCUUUCUUGCUUCACUGGGGAGAAGAGAGAGACUGUGGAGUGGGAGGACGAAUGAUUCCUCAAAGGACUUGGCCCAUUCACCAGAGGCCGGCAGACAGAUGUCAGUCAGAGCAUUUAAUGCUCGGGGAGCAGAGGGUUGAGUACAUAGGAGUUCCUCGAAGAACAGUUCCUCUGGGGAAGGGUAGAUCAGCGUGUGGAGAAUGUGGCCCCUUUUGGUUUCGGGGGCUUGCUAAAGGCUCCUUCUGAGAAUUUGUCUGUGGCUUCUGGGAAGCAGGGGUGAAAUGAUUCUUGAGGGAAAUGAGCACCAGCUAAGCGGCCGUUAGAGUCUGACAAGGAGAGGUCAGAUACCGGUUGGGAUCCCCCAGGCUGCAAAGCUAUAAAGGGGAUGGAGGGAAAGAGGUGCCUGCCAGAGAGUGUUUUUGAGCCCCUCUCCGGUCACUGGGAGAUGUGUGUUGAAAUGAAACUAGGGGCCUGUAGCCGAGGGACCCUGAAGCCCAGGCAGGGUAAAAUGGAAACAACCAGACGGGAGCUUUGCAGAAGAGAGAGCUAGGUCAGCUGCCGCAGGCUAGAAAGCAGGGGGUGGGGAGUUGGAGGACUAAGGGGCCGUGUCUCAUUUCCAUAAUGGUUCCUUCGCUCAGACUCGGUCAGGGGGCCACCGGGCAUGAUAGAUCACCCCAUCUCUCCUCAUCUCCCCAGAUGAGGGCAACUCAGCCUCCGGCGGAAGAUGCACCAAACGGACUCCUUCCUGCUCCAGGGCCAUUCUAAGCUGGUGGUGUCAACCUGGGAGGUUUAAAGAGGAACGAAAGGAUAGAGCUGAAAGUUAGCCUGGCCUGGGGCUUGUCCUCGAUUCUCUCCCACUUCCCAGAGCGGACACGGUGAGCAGAUGUCCCGGCCAACGGGGAUGUAGGAGCUACCAAAGGAGGGAGGGAAGUAACCCAGAGGCUGGAGGGAGUGGGGGUCUCAAUCCGGGUCUCAGAGGAGUCAGCCGGCGCAGUGAGACACCCGUACCUGGGGUGGGGGUUGUCCCAGGCAUGACCCAUUGUGAUCCUGAAUACAUCCUGUCAUGCACUGGGACAUAUCCCCACCAUUCUUUUCCAGUUCCAAAAGUGCAGGUUCCCAAAAGUGGGCCCUAGCCCAUCCCUGCCUCUCACCUGACAUCGAGGUCAUGCGGAGACUCAAAGCUCCUGGGUUUUCUCUCUGAAACUCACUCAACCCUCUGGCCUGCACCUGACGAAGAGCGAGAGCCCCACGCUUGCGAGAACCUGCCACAGUAACAGGGCUGGCCAGGUCCCCAAGGAAGGGGGCCAGAUGGUCCAGGCGUCUCUUUCCGCCUCGAAAGCCUUUGAUUACCAUAUCUAAUUGGACAGGGCCAAGGCCCAGCUCACUGGACGGAGCCUUUUGUUCUGGGCAUCACCUCGCACAAUGCCUCCCGAAGCUGACCUUUUAAGGCGGAGGACACUGGAGCCGACGGAGAGGACUGCUUUCCAACAAAGGCCUAGCCUAGACCUUCUGUGUCAGCAGCUUCCCCGCUCCCCCCCUUCCAGUUUUCAUCCUAAUCGAGGGAGUGCUCUUUUGUCUGUUUCCAAAAACCUUCUGAAAAGAGUUUCAAGGGAAGCUAGAUUUUUAAUGAACCGCUCGGAGAGAGUGCUAUUCACGGAACCGGUGACCCCGGAGACGGCUUCCGCUCCUGGUCAAACUGGAAGAGGAAGAGUCUUCCAACCUCUCAGGUUCCUCUCUCCAUUGGACCGCUGUCUAGGGAUGAGGGAAAUCCGGUUUAGCUUCGAGGACAGGAGAGUGAAAAUGGCAAACCCGGGCAUCCCAGAUCAUCCCUGUUACACAUUGGCACCUCUGAAUGCUUUUUUCCCCCAAAGUGACUGUGAUUUCACCCCCCCCGGAUGAGGGGCUUUGGCUUCAGAAAUGCAAGUCGGCUAGAGAAAAGGCCACCCGCAUCUUGCCAUUUAGCCCAGACCUGCAUAUGACAUGGGGUAGCGCCUGUGUUUCCUCAUCCUGCCACCAGGAUUUGAGGGCAGGAAUAGCAGAGGGCCUGUGUGGGAAAUCUUCUUUCCUCUCACUGGCCAAAAGCAGUCUGCCUGUCCUUAAGUACAGGCCUCUCUUUUUCCCCACAUGGAUUUUUCCCCUCUCGAACCCUUCCAGAAUGGGAGCAGGGCAUUUGUGAUAUUUGGGCCUGGUUUAGCUCCUUGCAGGCAAUUGAUGUGAACCAAAGCGGGCCCUGGGGCUCAAUGUCUUCGGGGGUCCCCAGCUGAGAACCCCCCAACCCAGCCAAGAUGCAAGAUGGUGGCCAUGCCUAAGUGUGGCCUGAAAGGACAGAAUGAGGCCCUCGUGGACAAGGGGUGAAGAAGACUCUGAGUGAUUCUAGACCCACUUUGCCCUUUGGAAGGGAAGAAGGCUGAGUCUUAUUCCCCAACAGUUAGAGGGGAGAUCUUGCAGAGAACUUUGCUAGGUAUCCACCGAGGACAGCUAGCUUGAGUCUCACUUCCCACAAGUCACCCCUCUUGGAGGCCAAGGCCAUUUUUGGUUCAUUUCCACCUCUCCCCACCCCGACCCCUUAGCGAACCCUCCCUGAGAUUCCAGCUGAACAGUGCCACUCUAACCAGCCCGACCCGACCUGUCCCGAACCUGACCCUCUUCAACUGUUGCCAUAGAGAUUCUCCAGUGCUGGUGAUUGGCCUAAUGCAUCUCCAUUAAGUGGAGAGCAUCUAGGGAAUCGAUAGCCCGGUUAAAUCGAUGGAGGCCCGCAGAUACAGCGGAAAUCUUAGGAAUAUGCAACAAGCUGGAAGCUCAAUAGGAAUUGUGAAUUUCAUGGUUCUCAUUUCCCGGGCUCCAAGUUGACCUCCCACGAUGAAGCUGCUAUCUUGGCGGGGAAGGUUGGCUCUGACGGCUCUCAGAAAUUACUAAGCCUCUGCCUUGAAUGUACGAGCUUCUUCGUCACUGAGGUUGGGCACCCUCAGGGCUUUCUUUGUGAUGAAAGAGGGUCCAGGGCUCUAGUGAUCCUGAAAUUUUGUAAAUUGGUAACAGGCUUUGAAUGGGCAGCGGUGUUUCCAUCGUGGUGACCGGUGUCAAUUAUACUGCCACAUCAACGGUUAUGAAUCAUCUAUGUGGAAGAGUGAUUUAUUAGCAUCAGGCCAAAAUGGGUGGGAAGGCGUGUACAGUUUGAAAGGGUCAGUUUUCUUUUUACUUGCGUACCUAAAAUGGCAAGCCCAGAGUGUCAGGGCUGUGAACUGCCUAGCCCAAAAUUGUCAUGGCUGGGAGCGGGAAAAUCCAGGCAGGAAUUAAGCCCUGGGGAAUACGGAGAAGCUGGAGCCUAUUGGGUCACCAGAGGUGGAGGAUUAAGCGCCCCCCGCUUCCACCCACAAGUCUGGCAGGGGCCAGGGAAGCUCCAAAAGGGAUGUCCAGCCCCAGCGAGGUCCACGAUCCUUUUUGUUGGCUGAAUUAAAUGGCUUUAUAAACUAAGAGUUCGGUCAAAGGGGGCAAGAAAGCAUUCUGGCUUCUAACCAAGGCUCUCUCGAUCUGUGACACUGUAUAGGCAGGCAGGAAGGAGAGGAGACUGGGAAGACUUUGGCAGGUCGGAGUAUAGGCUCUCUGUCGUUUCUGAAAGUCACUUCCUGCGGUCCCUCAGAGCGGCCCACCCCACCCUCUCGGAGGUCUUCCGAUCGGGGGCAUUCUGGGGUCCGGUGAAUCGGUGCUGUUGUCUUUGUUUGUUAAAUGGGCAGCCCCCUCCCCUGCCUUCCAUAAGGCUCCUCGUGAGCCUGCCGUUUAAAUUGAAAAGUCAGCUGCGUGAGGGGAAAUAUGCAGCCUAGUGGAAAAUCGGCCCGUGGAUUUUAUGAUCUUGAGGCUGCUGAUUGAUUUCGUUCGAUUUGCUCAUCGUUGAACAAAGCUGCAAUAUAAUAUACCUGAGAGGCCAUGGUGUGUUUUUGUUUGUCAUUUGGUGUUGGGUGCGGGGG